CAUUACAAUACAAAAUUACAAAAUCUAAACGUAAACGUCAAAGUCGAAAACAAAGUGAAGUCACAUUUUAAUAAAACACCCGUUUUGAAAAUCAUUGAAAAUUAAGUGAAAAACUGUUUAAUUGACAUUCAAACUAAUACAAAAUGAAUAAUGUCGAACAAAAUUUGUUACAAGUCACUCAAGCGAUCGAAAAACAAGUAGAUUCAGUUAUAGAACAAAUAGAUAAUUUGGACACUUCCGACUUAGAAGAACUAAAAAAGAAUCGAAUAAAGCAAUUAAAGAAGCAGCAAGAGCAAAGGAGAGUAUGGUUAAGUCAGGGCCAUGGUAAUUACGAGGAAUUACCAGAGGAAAAGAGUUUUUUUGAUCUGAUUAGAAAGUCUGAGAGUGUUGUGUUACAUUUUUAUAGGGAUGCUACUCCCAGGUGUGCUAUAGUAGACAUGCAUAUGAAAAUUCUUGCUAAUAAACACAUUGAAGCCAGGUUUACUAAGUUAAACGCUGAGAAAUGCCCGUUUUUAGCUGAAAAACUAAAAAUCAAAACCCUCCCUACUGUUGUUUUGAUCCUAAAUGGUGUAAUGGUUGAUAAAGUGGUAGGUUUUACCGAUCUAGGCAACACCGAUGAUUUUACCACUGACAUGUUUGAGUGGAGAAUAGCACAGAAUAAUGUAAUCAAGUAUGAUGGAGACCUAUCAACACCACCAGAUGGUCGUACAGUUAAGAGAGGUAGUGGCAAGACAAUAAGAAGUGGCGACUACAAUGAUGAUGAUGAUGAUUUAGAUAUUGAAGAAUAUGGUAUUCUUAGAGAGUCCGCAAAAUCAGAAACUAACUUGAAAAAUGAUAUUUCAGAGUUAACUCCUGAGGAAGCAGCAGAGUUGGGCAUCAAUUAAAGUACUUUUUCUGAUGUAUUUUAAUAAAUGGAAAUUGUAUGGCUUUUUUAACUUUAUUAAAUUAUAAUCUUUCUAUUUA